UAUUGUCGGUGCAUUGAAUGCAUUCAAUUGAAUGUUCGCUAUAUUUACAGUCUAUUCAAUGAGUUUGUGUUUGUAAUGAUUUGUAUUAAUAUUUAGUAACGAUUGUAACGAUUCACCCAUUUUUUAGAGUCAAUGAGUCAGAUAUGUCUGCAGUGAUUGUCUACUGAAGUGAUGUCUAGUGAGUGAUAAUCAGUGACCACUUGUUUAGCCGAUAAAUGGCUUUAUUAUUGUUGCGACCAAUGGUCAGAUGGCAUACCUUUCGGGUGAUGCUCUUGACAUCAUUGGUUUGGAUCAUCUUUGGUGUCUGUCUUCUGGUCUAUUAUAUGGAGUGUUUGGCACAAAAUACCAUCAAUUGUGGCAAUAAUUCACGUCUUAAAGACAUUCACACGAAUGCCAACAAACGAUUCAGUGAUGAAUCCAAUGACUAUAUUAAUGACAAUAGUGUUAAUGACAAUACUUUUGUGUCAAAUUUGAUUAAUCAAAAAACGGAUAAUAGUUUUUUACCUCAUUAUCAAUCACAUCAACUGAAGACAUGGAUUCCAAGAGUGACAAACUUAAAUCCGUCGCAUUGGUUGGGAGAGAAUGGAAAGGCAGUCAUCAUUGGUAAAGAAGAAGAAGAAUUGAAAAAUGAAAAGUUUAAUCUAAAUAAAUUCAAUCUCUUGGCCAGUGAUAGAAUAGCUCUCAAUAGAUCUCUUCCAGACGUCCGAAUGGACGGUUGUCGUCGUAAACAUUACCCUAAACUUCUUCCAACGACAUCAAUAGUGAUAGUGUUUCAUAACGAGGCUUGGAGUACAUUAUUACGCACCGUUCAUAGUAUUAUUAGGACUUCACCCGAAAAAUUAAUUGAGGAAAUCCUUUUAGUAGACGACGCCAGUGAAAGAGACUUUUUAGGCAAAAAAUUAGAAGAUUAUGUGUCAAAGCUGUCGACAACAGUUAAAGUGUUGCGAACCGGCAAACGAUCGGGACUUAUAAGAGCCAGACUUAUUGGAGCCAAGGAAGCCAAAGGUGAUGUCUUAACCUUUCUGGACGCUCACUGCGAGUGCACUAAAGGAUGGCUCGAACCACUUCUCGCUAGAAUUGUUGAGGACAGAACUCGAGUGGUUUGUCCUAUAAUUGAUGUGAUAAGUGAUGAAAAUUUUGAAUAUAUUCCCGCAUCAGACAUGACUUGGGGUGGAUUUAAUUGGAAACUUAAUUUUAGAUGGUAUAGAGUUCCUCAACGAGAACUCGAUCGAAGAAAAAAUGACAGAACAUUACCUGUGAGGACACCGACGAUGGCCGGCGGACUGUUCUCUAUGGACAGACAAUACUUUGAAAAGUUAGGUAAAUAUGAUGAAGGGAUGGAUAUCUGGGGCGGAGAGAACCUGGAGCUGAGUUUCAGAAUCUGGAUGUGUGGCGGAACUCUUGAGAUAGCGACGUGCAGUCAUGUCGGACACGUGUUUAGAAAGUCAACUCCGUAUACCUUUCCGGGCGGUACGAGUAAAAUAGUUAAUCACAAUAACGCACGACUGGCUGAUGUCUGGCUCGACGAAUGGAAAGAGUUUUAUUAUGCCAUAAAUCCGGCGGCAAAGAGGGCUGAUAUGGGAGACACUGAACCUCGAAAACAAUUGAGAAGAGAAUUAAAAUGCAAAAGUUUUCGAUGGUAUUUAGAGAAUAUAUAUCCGGAAAGUUCGAUGCCUUUAGACUAUCAUUCAUUGGGUGACAUCAAGAACUUGGAUAACAAUCACUGUUUGGACACUUAUGGCCGUAAAAGUGGUGAGAAUCUUGCRAUGACUCAGUGCCAUGGAUUGGGUGGUAAUCAGGUGUUUGCUUACACUAAACGCAAGCAAAUCAUGUCCGAUGAUAAUUGUUUAGACGCUUCGGACGCUAAAAGUCCCGUUAAGCUAAUCCGUUGUCACGGAAUGGGAGGCAAUCAGAUAUGGGAAUACAGCGAACGCACAAAACAAAUAGUUCACAGAAAUACCGGUCUUUGUUUAGAUAAGCCAAACACCGACAGAGAUUCAACACUUCCGGUGCUUAAGAGAUGUGAAAAUAGAAAAUCACAGAAAUGGCAAUUGAAUAGUAACUUUAAAUGGCAGACAUCUAAGAAACAAGAAAGUGAUAAUGAAAUAAAUGAUAGACUUUAAUAUUUAGUUAGUAUUUAUAAUUUGAUUUUUGAGUCAUUGCCAGUAAUGCAAUUGUUUGCUCAUUGAGUUCAUAUAAUAAUGAAUCUUGAAAUUAAUUUUAGACUGUUUUUAAAUUAUCUAAAACUAAUGURUAUAUAAUUACUCCAUAAUUUUGUGCCUUUGAAUUGAUU